AUGAGGGAAGAGGAUUCGAAUUGGUUUUCGCGAUGGGAAGAGGAGCUCCCAUCGCCAGAGGAACUCAUGCCCCUAUCGCAAACCCUAAUCACGCCGGAUCUAGCCAUGGCCUUCGACAUCAGAAACCCCCACACCACCGCCAACCCCAACACAGCGCAACAACAUCAACAUCAACACCAGCAACAACCGCCGCAGCAACAACAGCAACAACCUUCUAACCCUUCCUCGCUCCCCAACCCUCAGCAACCCACCUCCGCGGAGUUCGCCGACUCCGGCGAGCUCGGCUCCGGCACCGCCGGCGAGGAGCCUGCCAGAACCCUCAAGCGCCCACGCCUCGUGUGGACACCACAGCUCCACAAGCGUUUCGUCGACGCCGUUGCCCACCUCGGCAUCAAAAACGCUGUUCCCAAGACCAUAAUGCAGCUCAUGAGCGUCGACGGUUUGACGCGAGAAAACGUCGCUAGCCACUUGCAGAAGUACCGUCUCUAUCUCAAGCGCAUGCAGGGGAUUUCCGCUGCUGGGCCUGGUGGUCCCGGCGGGGGUGCCUCCGCAGUCGCCGACCCUGCCACUGACCACCUCUUCGCCAGCUCCCCGGUGCCGGCGCAUUUCUUACACCCGGCGACGAGGCCAAAUUCGGAUCAUUUCCUUCCGUUUGUGCCUGUGCCGGCGCUCCACCACCACCAGCAGCAACAGCAGCAGUUGGCUGCGGCUGCGCAGUACCAUAGGCAGGUGGGGCAUUUCGGGUCGCCCCCGAAUGGGCACUUCGAGAACCCUUUCAUGUCUAGGCCGAAUCUUCAGAGGAUGGGGGGUGGUGGUGGUGGUCCUGUGCACAACCACCACCCUGUGAGUGGCUAUGUCGAGGACAUGGAAUCUGCAAAUGCUGCCUCUGGAGGUAGAAAGGUUCUUACUCUGUUUCCAACCGGAGAUGAUUGA